UGCGGCAGCUGUAGCUGAGCUCCUGGAUGCACAGCCAACCAACCUGUCGGAUGUGUGGGAUGACGCGAAUACCCUGCACUACCUUCGCAACAUGGCCGCCCCAGAGGGCGUGGAUGCCGUGGAGCUGAAGAGGGUGUUGCGUCGGGCACGAUCUUACCGCUUCCAGGGGCAGGAACUGCUUAGGCUGAUGGCCAAUAGCUCAACUCGCAUCUGCCCUCCGCCUGAGCAGCGGGAGGCGCUGAUUGAGCAAAGCCACCGGCGCCUGGGCCAUUUUGGAAUGCGCCGUACCGCGGGCUUGAUCAAACUGAGCUAUUGGUGGAGUGGCAUGCAUGCUGACGUUUCCUCAGUGGUGUCAAGGUGCAAGCUCUGCGACAGGGCAAACACCACUGGCAACGUGCGUCCUGAGGAGCUGCAGCCUUUGCCCAUCAAGGGACCCAUGUAUCGUUGGGGUGUGGACCUGUGUGGGCCAUUCCCUGAGACAGCACGUGGAGACAGGUACGUGAUGGUGGCGAUUGAGCACUUCAGCAAACACAUUGAGUUGAUUCCGUUGCCCGACAAGACAGCGAAGAGCACGGCGCAGGCCUUCCUAUCGAAUGUCCUAGCCCGUUUCUCUGCACCUGCCGAGGUCUUGACUGAUAGGGGCGCGGAAUGGCAAGGGGAGUUCGCAGCGCUCUUGGAGCAGUGCGCCAUUGAUCACCGUGAAACGUCCGCUGAGCACCCCCAGACCGAUGGGGCAGCAGAGCGGAUUGUGCAGGUGGUCAAGCGAGGCUUGCGAAAGUACUGCGCGCAGGAGGGUAGGGCUCAAGCAUGGGAUGAGUUCCUGCCAUGGAUGGCACUGGGCUACCGUUGCUCUCCUCAGGCGUCCACACGAAUGACGCCGUACUUUCUGCUGUACGGGGUGGAUCCUGUGGUGCCGCCUGCAGUGCGUGAGAGGUUCGCGGAGCCCCUGGACCCGACCAACGAACAGGAGUUCAAACGUUUCCUUCAGGCAGAGGAGGCGCGCCAAGGCCGCUGAGGCGCUCCAGGGGCGCGUCUUGAGGAGGUCAGUCAAGGAUCCGAAGACGCUCUGCCUGAGGGAGGAGAUAGGCGUGAUCAACGGGGAGGAGGUCCAGGAGGACUACGCUGGAGUGAUGGUGGAGUACGGGGGAGGAGCUUUUGAGCGCAUGAACGUCAGCGUGGCGCAGCAGCUGCUUCUGGACGAGGAGUCAGCCUGGGGCGCAGCCCGCACCCUCCGUACUGUGGCAACUACCCGUGCUGCACGGCUCCCGGAUAGCUGGGACUUAACUUCGCGUGAGGGGCUGAGUGCGGCGAUGGGGGAGCUCAUGCCGGGGGCUUACAGUGAUCGCCACCUGGGCAGGUUGGUUAACCGAGUGCCAGGGGGCAAGCAGUUUCAGUAUGAGUGUGUACCCACGGGGAUUGAGGAGGUGAGGCCUUUGCUGGAGAGCAUUCGUUUUGAUGAGUGUGCGGGCAUCUUCGACCCGUGGUGUGGAACAGGUGGGGUCGCCAGGGCGUUUCGCGAGGCGGGACACUCGGUCUUUGGCAAUGACGCCAACCCUGCUUGCGUUGCUCACAUGCACCGUGACGCGUUGCAGCCUGGCACGUACCGUGAGGCUAUGAAGGUCUAUUCCUACGAGGCCGUUGUUGUGUCUCCUUGGUUUGCAGUGCUUGACGUUGCACUGCCGUUGGCUACCCGUUUCACACCUGUCGUUGCGUUUCACGUGCCGGGGCACUACGUGACGGAUGCUACAGCGGCUCGGACCAAGUACCUGGCGAAGCUGCAGGAGGAAGGACGGCUUGCGUUGUUGCUGGGACUGCCAAGAGGGCCGAUGGGGAGGCGGUGUGUGUGGGUUUGCGUGUUUGCCACUCGCGAGUGGCGGGAGAGGAUGUUGAAACCGGUUGUAGGACGAAAUGAGGUCUGGUUGCUGAGGUGAAGUAGGCGCGUGUUGAAGGGGAUGCAGAGGUUGCUGUGCUACUUUGCUGUCAGUUCUGGUGCGCUGUGUUUGUGUGUUGCUUGUGGCCGCUGUAGACAGCUUCCGACCUCCGGGUUCUCAGCUGGGGGGGGAGUUGUACUGUCGGGCCUCCGUCGCAACAGCACGUGAUACGUCAUGACAGGCGCGCUGGCCGCAGCGCAAGCUGGUCAGCCUGCGGCGGCUGGCGGAGGCGGUACGGGCGGACGAGGAGAUGGAGGUGGACAGGAAAGAGGAGCUGCUGUCAUCCAUCCGCCGCAACCGCGCGGACAUCCUGGCCCGCCCGGACACAGAGCUGCUGCCCGGACUCAAGACCAUGCGGCAGGCGCAGUACAAGAGGGUCUUCGAGGACAGGCGCGGUGGUGGCGGCGGCAGUGGCAGUGACAUCGACGUUUAGCGGAGGAAGGCGGCAUGUGGUGAGGUCGCACGCAGCAGCGUUGAGUUGGAGUGCCGUGGAUAAGAGCUUUGGCUGCAGGCUGGUGCGGUGCGUGCGCCUAUUAGCAAUAUGGGGGGGGCCGGGAUGCAAAAUAGAUAUGUGAACUCCGAGCUGCAAUGUUGAGCAACGAAUUGAGGGAGCAAGGCUGGUAACUGGGGCACCUGCUUGCUGCUGUGGGUUCGCAUUGAAUACUUUUGAGUUAAUUCGAGCGCACUUCUGGGUUUCACUGUUGAUUGUUACGUUCGUGAGUUGGGCCCCUUUACUAGCUGGGCUAUAGCGCUGUCUUCGAUGGCUAGGAUAAGGCGGGCCUAGCAGCAGGGGGCAUUGCAUCGCAUCACAUCGCAUCGCAUAGGGCGCCGUGCCCACCUAUAAAAUGAGAAUUGUAAAACGCCGUCGUAUGCAUGAGGGCGUUACUUCCUGUCUGGAGCAGUAAGCGAUGGUAGAAGGUAUGUAGGCAUGCUGCCGUGAAGGGAUGCUGCUGCAACUGGUGACCCGUGGGUCAUCAUGAAGCUUCUGAGGACUGUGCUUUUCCCGCAAACGUUAAGAGAGAUUGCUGGGUGCUGAAGGCAUGGGCGUUUCAAUCCUGGCAUCGUUAUCAUUGUGUGUUCAUGUCAUGGGAGGGGUAUCGGAGCUGGAUCCUCACUCGCAUGAUCUUCUGUCAUGCAUGCAUGCACAUACAUGCACAUUGGCCUCGAUUUUAGCCAGAGUUUUCUCCGCCAUAGGGGAGACAGGCUUGUUACCGGUUGGCUUUCUAGAUGGGGUCAUUACGGUGUUGUGGAAAGGUAGGGGUGACCGUACACUAGCUGGUAACUACCGUCCUAUUACUCUGUUGUGUACAGAUUAUCGCCUUCUUGCGAAGGUACUUGCAUCACGCGUUGGGCUGGCUCUAGGUGACGUGAUUACUUUAGAGCAGUCGGCGUUCCUUCCUGGUAGAUUAAUUGGUGCCAAUGUGCGUUUUUUGCGUACACUUCCGCAUUUGCUUACUCACCAGGGGCGCUCCGGCAUGGUAGAUUUCUUGGAUUUUGCUAAGGCGUAUGAUACCUUGGAUCGGGCUUUCCUGUUCUCGGUCAUGGAUGCAAUGGGGGCUGGGGCAGGCCUGUUGAAGUGGGCUAAGCUUCUGCUCAGUGACACGUGUGCUGUUGCGGUUGUUAACGGCUACAGGUCGCAACGGG